AUGGAGAUCAUCAUCUCUGCAAUACUACUUUUUGCGGGUAUUGCUGUUUUGGUACUGAUUCAUGUCUGUACAGUCGGAAGAGCUUUCAGAAGAUCAUAUGAGAAUGGUCAGGACAUAGUUGAAGCAGGUUUUAACACCAGCAGGAAUGGAACUAAAAAGAUUUCAAAUGAUGAUUUGAAGGAUCUUCCAUGCUAUGAUUACAAGGCAGCAGAUAUGAGAGAGAAUGGCCUUGUGGCUUGUGUUGUUUGCUUAGAGAACUUCAAUGUGGGUGAUAAAUGCAGAUCACUGCCAAACUGCAAUCACAGCUUCCAUACCCAGUGCAUAGAUUCAUGGUUAGUGAAGACUCCUGUUUGUCCAAUUUGUCGAACCAGCGUUAAUCCCCAGGAGAUUGGUGGCAUUUUGAGCCAAGAAAGUAGUGUUUCGAUUACUGUUGGAGUUGAAUUGUAG